AUGGAUACAAUCUGGGUCCAGGCUCAGGGCUACAGUCUGGGUCCAGGCUCGGUGCUACAGUCUGGGUCCAGGCUCGGUGCUACAGUCUGGGUCCAGGCUCAGAGCUACAGUCUGGGUCCAGGCUCAGGGCUACAGUCUGGGUCCAGGCUCAGGGCUACAGUCUGGGUCCAGGCUCAGAGCUACAGUCUGGGUCCAGGCUCAUGGAUACAAUCUGGGUCCAGGCUCAGGGCUACAGUCUGGGUCCAGGCUCGGUGCUACAGUCUGGGUCCAGGCUCGGUGCUACAGUCUGGGUCCAGGCUCAGAGCUACAGUCUGGGUCCAGGCUCAGGGCUACAGUCUGGGUCCAGGCUCAGGGCUACAGUCUGGGUCCAGGCUCAGAGCUACAGUCUGGGUCCAGGCUCAGGGCUACAGUCUGGGUCCAGGCUCAGGGCUAGAGUCUGGGUCCAGGCUCAGGGCUACAGUCUGGAUCCAGUCUCACGGCUACAGUCUGGGUCCAGGCACAGGGCUACAGUCUGGGUCCAGGCUCAGGGCUACAGUCUGGGUCCAGGCUCACGGCUACAGUCUGGGUCCACGCUCAGAGCUACAGUCUGGGUCCAGGCUCAGAGCUACAGUCUGGGUCCAGUCUCACGGCUACAGUCUGGGUCCAGGCUCAGGGCUACAGUCUGGGUCCAGGUUCACGGCUACAGUCUGGGUCCACGCUCAGAGCUACAGUCUGGGUCCAUGCUCAGAGCUACAGUCUGGGUCCAGGCUCAGAGCUACAGUCUGGGUCCAGGCUCAGGGCUACAGUCUGGGUCCAGGCUCAGAGCUACAGUCUGGGUCCAGGCUCAGAGCUACAGUCUGGGUCCAGGCUCAGAGCUACAGUCUGGGUCCAGUCUCACGGCUACAGUCUGGGUCCAGGCUCAGGGCUACAGUCUGGGUCCAGGCUCACGGCUACAGUCUGGGUCCACGCUCAGAGCUACAGUCUGGGUCCAGGCUCAGAGCUACAGUCUGGGUCCAGGCUCAGGGCUACAGUCUGGGUCCAGGCUCAGAGCUACAGUCUGGGUCCAGGCUCAGGGCUACAGUCUGGGUCCAGGCUCACGGCAACAGUCUGGGUCCAGGCUCAGGGCUACAGUCUGGGUCCAGGCACAGGGCUACAGUCUGGGUCCAGGCUCACGGCUACAGUCUGGAUCCAGUCUCACGGCUACGGUCUGGGUCCUGGCUCAGAGUCGUGGAGCGAGAUCACAUCAGGCAGAAGCAGCAGUCAUUAUCUCGCCGUCGGAACCUCGCAUUCAGAAGUCCUAACGUGGUCGUCGCCUCCAUAUUGUUCAUUUUCUCUCUCCGCGGGCCGCUAGCAAGACCGCGGUAA